AUGAGUGUGCCCUACUUUCUUCAACUUCCUGUUGAAACAAAAUCUAUCCACUCUCCCCCCAAACUUCUUACCCGCAUCAAAGAAAUUAUGAAUGAGGACUUUCCCCAGCUUCCAGCUAUCAAUGUUACUAAGUCGCUUACUCCUCAGAAGAAGAAGAGCAAAAACAAGAAGCCACAAUUCUUCCAGAUACUUCCAGACGACUCUCAAACUUUGUCCGAAUCUAUCGCCCCACCGCUCAUCUCUGAGAAAGAGGAGAUGAAGGAGGCAGACCUACCUGAGCAUCCCGCCCAAAAAUUCAAAGUUACCAUUAAGAAUCCUUGUGGCUUACCCAUUAAUUCGUCCAAAAAGACGGAAGAUGAACAUAACUCCCUUCAGCACCCUACCGAUGAUAGUGCCAAAGACACCACCAGUCUUAUCAAACCAUUCACUCCAAAGAAAAAACCCAAGAAGUGGCAGCCGCUACCCCUCGACAUACCAACCACCCUCGACACAAAUAUCAUUCCUGGUAGACAAUUUUACCACAGGAACCAAGGCCCCAAAUUAAACAGUGCUCAGGCCCCUCCAAAAAACGCCAACCUCACUCUUAAAAGAAAACCUCCCAACGACAACUCUUCUCCCCAUACACCUACCGACAUCAGCUCCUCCCAAAUAUCUACCAAUAACCAACACACUACCAACUACCCCACUAUCCCAAUCUCUCCCUCCAGAAAAGCCACAAGAAUGGACCCUGUCUACCCCUCCAAAGAAAUGGUUCAAACCAACAAAAAGCCGCACGCCGCUAUUAUAGUCAAUAAUAGAAGACACCAAAGGCGCGGACUUAUUUACAAAAACGCACCCCGCGAUCGUCCUUACUACGCCAUGAUCCAAUGUGGAUUGUCACCUCCCGGCUCCUCCUCCUCCUCCUCCUCCAAUAGUGGCGAGAUAAAAUCUUGCAACCAACCCAAAAAUUGCUCUUUCGGGCACGAAGAAGACCGCUACUAUGAUUCUCCAUGGCAUGUGCAGCGCUUUGUCCUGGGAUUUAACGUCGACCUCUGGGAAAGCAAAGUCGGGCUCGAAGGAAAACUCGAUCUGUUUAAGAGAAGGGAGGAGCUUAUGGCUAUUGGGGAUGUUAUCAAUAGGGAGGGCUUAAAGGUAGGUUAUCGUAAGCUUGUUGAAGUGGAGAAAUCCAAAAGGGGCCUUACGCCACAAACAGACGAUUGGUGCUGGGCCGGGCGGGCCUACAAGGCCAAGACUGGUAGUUCCUCUAAAGAUGGUAAAGGGAACUGGGAAGAUCAAACUGGUACCAGUACUUCCAAGGAAGACAAACUUGACUGGGUGGAUCAGACUCUUGAUGAUACCUCUGUUUCUUCUCAAGAGGACGGUGACACUGAUGGUGAGGAACUUAUCGACGAGAAUAAGAUGCGAUUCCAGGAGCAUCUUCGGGCGGAAACGGUGCUCUACAAGUUCGAGCAGGGUCUGGCUGAGAAGGUGAGAGAGGAGGAGCGUAAGUUGCAGCAGAAUCAGGCGAUCUUCGACAUGAAGUUGUGGGAGCAGCAGCAGGAGUUUGAGCGGGAGAUGCAUGCGGGGUGGGCAGAGUUCGAUGAGCUUUGCAGGUACGUGAGACUUGAGGUGGAACAGCAGCAGCGUCAGGACCAAGAGGAACAGCAGCGCCGCUACCAGGAACAACAGCGCCAGUAUGAAGCCCAGCGACAUGCUAGCCGCGCAUACAACAAGCCGAUCGCGAGGCCGUCAUCCGAUUCUAUCACUACAAGCACUGUCACCCAGAUGGAGACAGUUAGAUACAACAAGCCGAUCGCGAGACCGACAACUACACCCACUAGCACCACUAUCCAGGCAGUUCAGCCUUCAUUUUUUGUCACCAGCGGGCUUUCAGAGAUCCCACAUGAUCUGUAUCCUCAGUGGAUUCAGCCUCCCAGAAGCCAUGUGCAGGGAACUACAUGUACUGGAGAGAGAUGGUGCUUCUUUAAGCAUUUCGGGCCAGCUACUUUGUCUGGGGAUUAG